GUGAAAAGACAUUUCUCCCUUCCCUAUCGUGGAUGACUUUCCUUAUUCUUUUUUAUUGCAAUCAAAAAAUAGAAAGAACGGAGGAGGAAAAAGGAAAAAGAAAGAAAGAAAAUGAUAAACCCUAGUAAAAACCCUUGCGGGGUUGGGGUUUCUAUCUUCUGCGGGCUGGAAGAGUGGAAGUUAUCGGGCCAAAAUGAUCCGGAAUUUGACCCGCCAGAUUUCAAAGGAAACACCAGUCAACGUCAGAAGACUAUGUACCACGGCGGCAGCGGCGGUGAAGGAGGAGCAGUGUGAAGGAGACCGGCGGCUCUACCUGAGAUUGUGGGCUUUGGAAGCUACAAAUGGGUCGGUUAGUGAAACAAUAAAUGAGUACAUUGGAAAAGGCAGAGUUUUGAAGAAGUAUGAACUGAACAAAUGCAUAAAGGAGCUGCGUAAACAUAGACGAUAUCAACAUGCCCUUGAGAUAAUGGACUGGAUGGAGAGAAGAGGUAUAAAAUUGUCGUUUGGUGAUUAUGGAGUACGGUUAGAUCUCAUAGCAAAAGUUCAAGGAAUAACUGCAGCUGAAAAUUACUUUGGCAGCCUCUCACCUUCGAUGCAGAUUCAAAGCACUUAUGGAGCACUCUUGCAUUGCUACUGUGUUGAAAAAAUGACAGACAAGGCAUUGUCCCUCUUUGAGAAAAUGGAUCAAUUGAACUUCGCAUCUAAUUCAUGGCAAUUCAACAAUCUUAUGUCCUUAUAUAUGAGACUAGGGCAACCAGAAAAAGUACCCCCCUUGGUACAGGAAAUGAAGAGUAGAAAGGUUCCACUAUGUACAUUUUCGUAUAGUAUCUUGAUGAAUAGCUAUUCUUGUUUAGAUGAUAUAGAAGGAGUGGAAAGAGUCUUUGAGGAGAUAAAGCAGGAGAAUGUAGAGGAGUGCGAUUGGACCAUUUAUAGUAACUUGGCUGUUGCUUAUGUUAAGGCUGGGCUUCAUGACAAAGCUGAGUUAGCUCUAAAGAAGCUUGAGGAAGAGAUGGGACCUCGUAAUCGUGAGGCAUACCACUAUUUGAUUAGUUUGCAUGCCGGAAUAUCUAAUCUUGUUGAGGUUUAUCGUAUUUGGAAUUCUCUAAAGUCUGGUUUCUUGGAAAUAACCAAUUCUAGUUAUCUUGUCAUGUUUCAGUCCCUCAGUAAGCUUAAUGACAUGGAUGGUUUAAAGAAAUGCUAUGAGGAAUGGGAAUCGAGCUGCCCUAGUUACACUAUGAGGCUGCCAAAUAAUGUCAUUAGUGCUUAUCUGAGAAAUGACAUGCUACAUGAUGCGGAGGAAGUUUUUCUUCGUGGUUUGAAGCGAUCACAAGGACCUUUCUUCUUGGCUUGGGAAAUGUUCAUAGCAUUCUUUUUGAGGCAUCAUCGAAUUGAUCUUGCUAUGGAGUGCCUGGAAGCAGUUGUAUUCCUUGUAAAGGAGAAUGAAUGGCAACCAAAAUGUGAAACAAUAAAUAAAUUUCUCGAGUAUUUUGUAGAAGAGAGAGAUGUUGGUGGUGCUGAGGAGUUCUACAAGUAUUUGAAAAAGCUGAAUUGUCUUAGUAGUGAUAUAUAUAGUUUAUUGCUUCGCACUUACAUAGCUGCCAACAGAACAGCAGACGAUAUGCUAGUGAGAAUUAAGGAAGAUGGAAUUGAAAUGAGCUGCGAGCUCGAAGGCUUGCUUAAAAGGGUUUGUCCUGAAUAAUUUAAAGGAUACGCCCAUAUGGUUUUGUUUCUUUUCCAUCCUCUUUUUGUAUAGGUACGCGCCUCUAUAUCUUUAAAGAAGUACAUGAAGGAUUCCAAGAUCUUUCCUCAAACAUACUCUGGUAAUCCUUUCAUUUCUCGUUUUUUCAGAUCUACUAGACUUAAAUACUCUCCAUGCACCUGUCUUAGUAGCCUCUGUGAACUUGACAUGUUAAAUGGCGUGUUAUUAAAAGCCAUCGAUUUACCGCUUAAAGCAAAGGAAUCUGAAGGAAGCGGUUUUCGCUUCAUGGGUGAGGCCAUGCGCUUCAGAGAAGUGUGCGCUUCAAGUAAUGAGGCGCAAAAUAAUCCAAAGAAAAGCAGCGAUUCUUUGAAGCUCAACUUUGAGGAGUUGGACCAAUAUUGACAUUACUCUAUAUUGGAUGGUGAAAUUAGUUAUUUUAAUAGCAGCUUGAUUGUUAUAGUACUAAAAUCAUGGAUGUUUGGCAUUUUUUAAUUUUUUUUUUAAAUCGUGCGCCUCAUUUAAAAGAAGGCUUCACUUCUUGCUUUUUCUUCAAGUUCCAUAGAUUUCAUUGUUUUGCGCUUUUCGCUUUUUGGAACACUGUUUAAACAUUGUCUUAGCAAGGUUUGUGUAAUUUCAUGUCUUUAUUGAGAGAAAAUUUGCUCUUAUUCAA